UGCUGCCAGACCACAUGCAACUGAAAUGAUGUUGGCACCCUUUUGUAAUGCAAAGGAGAUGGAGGUGUCACCUUGCCAUUUGUUGUGUGUGAAAAUCAUACAAAUAAAAAAUCUACGAAAGGCAGAUUUAUGUGAGUAUCCCCUUGCUUCCACAAAUCUGGGGGCAAUGUUGACUUCUAACAGGGGUUCUGUGCAGGAGAAGUGCCUUCACGCAACACGUUUGACAUGGUGGUAACAUAGCAAAACUGCUGCCCUUGUGCCAAAGCAGAUAAGCAAGGAAAAGAUGCUAAGAUUAUAUAAUUCAUUUCUUUUGUUUAUUUAAUUCUUUCAAAGGAAAAAUUGUGUUCCUUUGUGUGCCCCAAAGUGCACAAACUUUAAAUCCCAGAAUGUUUUGCAUUCGACAUGCUGUUAAGGCUUUGAAACCCCUCCAGCAUCUCUCUGAUGAAAAUAGGGACAUCUUGUUCCAUUACUACUACUACUACUACUACUACUACCAGUACUAACUACUACUAUUACUACUAUUAUUCUAUUUAUACCCCAUCCAUUUGACUGGGUUGCCCCAGCCACUCUGGGCAGCUUCUAACAUAUAUAAAAACAUAAUCAAACAUUAAACAUAUUUAAAAACUUUCCUAUACAGGGCUGCCUUCAGAUCAGACCCUCCAAAUCUGAUGUCCCUGAUUUAGAGAAGCCGUCCCGGUUUCUGAUUUGAUCCUGGAAUGUCUCUAUUUUCAUUGGAGAAAUGUUGGUGGGUAUGGGGUUAUUCAACUCCCAAGCUGUCUGAAGGCAAUCCUGUAUAGGGAAGGUUUUUUAAAAAUAUAUGUUUAAUGUUUUAUUAUGUUUUUAUAUAUGUUGGAAGCUGGCCAGAGUGGCUGGGGCAACCCAAUAAGAUGUGUGGUGUAUAAUUAGUAUCAUCAUCAUUAUGGAAUGGGGCGUCCUUAUUUUCACCGGAGAAAUGUUGGAGGGGAUGUCAGAUUGUUUGAGGGUUGGAUAACUCAAUAUAUCUUCCAAGAUUCCUCAGAUGAAAUUAGGAACAUCCUAAGGAAAAGCAGAGGACGAGGUGGUUGGACAGUGUUCUCGAAGCUACGAACAUGAGUUUGACCAAACUGCGGGAGGCAUUGCAAGACAGGAGUGCCUGGCGUGCUAUGGUCCAUGGGGUCACGAAGAGUCGGACACGACUAAACGACUAAACAACAACAACAAGGAAAAGCAGGGGCAUUCCGGGAUCAAAUCAGAAACCUGGAUGGUUUCUGUAAAUCUGGGACUGUCCUUGGAAAAUAGGGACAAAUGGAGGUCUGGCUCUGAGGCCUAAUGAAGGCUAGAGGAGCAAUCCUUUGCUUUGACACCCGACACUCACUGCAGCUGAAAGUUAGCCAGUCUGAUGGCUAUGUGAGCUUGUACCUGCCAACAGCUUCAUUUGAAAGACCUCGGACCAAGACUAUUAAGGACUGUAAGGAUCCAGUAUGGAAUGAAACCUUCUACUUCAGGAUACAGACGCAGGUCAAAAAUGUUUUGGAGAUGGUGGUUCACGAUGAAGACCACUGCCUCAUGGAUAAUAAUCUCUGCACUGUUCUCUUUGAUGUUUCCAAGAUCCAGCUUGGAGAAAGAGUUUGCCUCACAUUUCCAUUGGAUCCAAAAAUUCCAGAAACUCUGGAGGUAGAGUUUAGCCGGGAGAGCAUCCCAGUUCCUCAUGAGCAUAUUGUUACUAAUGGCGUAUUAGUGUCUCGUGAAAUUUCCUGUUUGGGUGUACAGGUGAAUGGAGGGACAGCAAUGAACAAGAAACCAGGAGAGGAAAACUUCACAUUCUCUGCAAAAGGAUCCUAUGAAGAGAGCCAGGACUUUACGUUGGGUUCUGAGCUGGGCCCUGCUGAUCCUCUUGUGUUUCACUGCAUCAAGUAUAUGGACUCUGCACUGGAGAUUGAACCAGCAAAGAAGCCACACUCUUGUAUUCCUGGUGAAAGUAAUGAUGCAAAUAAAAGACUUUGCUUCACUUUGCCUCUUGAUUCUCUUAGUAUGGAAAAGGAAGUGACCAUAGGCAAGGACAAAACAGUUGAUCUACGUGUGAACGUGAAAGAAUGGCUGAAAAACCUGGAUGUGCGUUUGGGGUAUGAACUAUGUAUAGAUGAACAAACAGUUAUACAGAAACGGAAGAAGCUUGUUGCAGCUGCCCUGGAAAGGGCUCUCGGCUUAAAGAAGGGCUUACAAGAUCAUGAGGUGCCAGUGGUGGCUGUCAUGACAACAGGAGGAGGUGCCAGGGCAUUCACAGCUUUGCAUGGCAACCUCUAUGGACUUCAAAAAUUGAAUCUCUUAGAUUGUAUUUCAUACAUCACUGGAUCUUCUGGCUCCACAUGGGCCUUAUCAAAUCUUUAUGAACAUGCUGACUGGUCACAGCAAGACCUUUCAGGAGCAAUUUCAGAGGCUCGCAAGAAUAUGACCAAAUGCAAGCUGGACUUGUUUUCCCUCCAAAACUUAAAGGAAUACAGUGCUGCACUGGAACAUCGGCAAAAGCAAGGCUACAAAACGUGUAUCACUGAUCUUUGGGGACUUUUCAUUGACAAAGCAUUGAGCAACGGGAGAUGCAGCGACACACUCUCAGGCCAGAAGCGUGGCCUGACUCACAGUCAAAACCCCCUGCCUAUAUACAUGGUACUCAACACCAAGGACCACUAUAGCCUUGCAGAAUUUAAAGAAUGGAUGGAAUUCACUCCUUUUGAGGUUGGAAUAAUAAAAUAUGGGGCCUAUGUUCGUGCUGAGGACUUUGGAAGUAAAUUCUUCAUGGGACGCCUGAUGAGGAAACUUCCAGAAUCUGGAAUCUGUUUCAUGAAAGGUGUGUGGAGUAAUGUAUUUUCUUAUAACCUACUGGAUUCCUGGCGUGCACUUGAUUCUUCGGAAGAAGGCCUGUGGUACAAGCUUACCAGGGACAGAGUAGAGGAUAUUGAAGAAAGACCACCUCAGCCACCAAAAGCAGAUGAACUGAAUACUCACCUGGUUAUCCCUGCCAAUAAAUUCAUGAAGAUCCUUCGUGAAGUCUUAACAGAAAGCAUAACAACCUCAAAGUUCUACAAUUUCAUAAAGGAAUUCCAAUUAAAUGAUGGAUAUCUAGAUAAUAAGAAUUUUGCCAUAUGGAAAGAUACUGCUCUAGACACUCUUCCCAACCAGCUGACAGCUACAUCAGAAUACCUGUCCAUCGUAGAUACUGCAGCAUAUAUAGAUAUCAGCUACCCACCGCUCCUGAGGCCUGAGAGGAAAGUGGAUGUCAUUAUACAUUUAAAUUAUUCUUCAGGAUCACAAACAUCUCCUUUACACGAAGCCUCCAGAUACUUUGCCAAGCAAGGAAUUCCUUUCCCCAAAAUAGAUCUGAGUCAUAUUAAGGAUAAGGAUCUGAAGGAGUGCUAUGUCUUUGAAGAUCUCGAGAAUUCAAAAGCACCCAUUGUGAUUUUCUUUCCCCUGAUAAAUGACACAUUCCGAAAAUAUAAAGCACCAGGUGUGGAACGCAGCCCCUCUGAACUGAAGCAGGGUGACGUUAAUGUGACUGGUCCCUUUUCUCCAUAUGGACUCCAAAGCUUUACAUAUACAGAGGAGGAUUUUGAUAAACUGGUGGGAUUGACCAGCUACAAUAUUCAGAAUAAUGAAGAUUCGAUCCUCCACGCUUUGCGAAGAGCAGUAGAGAGAAAAAGACACCAAACAAAAUAGGCAUUAUGGGGAAACCUAUCCAGAAGAUAGAUGCAUAUCUUUUGCAUUGAGUUAAUCAUUAUAUAUUUAUAUAUAAUAAUGUGCUAUGUUUUCCACAGAUUAGUUCAUCUUCACUGGCUACCUCAGCUUAAAAUAAUAUAGUCUUACUGCACUUUGAAAAUGUAUGUAGCCCAGUAGUUUGCAAACCAUUUGUUCUGGAAACCUAAAGAAUUUGACUUAGCUGCUACUCAGGACUUUCCUGAGCCCCCUGUUAUGUACAGUGGUACCUCGAGUUACAAACGCUUCGAGUUAUAAACACUUCAGGUUACAAACUCCGCUAACCCAAAAGUAGUACCUUGGGUUGAGAACUUUGCCCCAUGAUGGGAACGGAAAUGAGAACGGAAAUGAGAACAGGGCAGCGGGAGGCCCCAUUAGUGAAAGCGCGCCUCAGGUUAAGAAGAAGAAGAGUUUGGAUUUGAUAUCUUGUUUUAUCACUACCCUAAGGAGUCUCAAAGUGGCUAACAAUCUCCUUUCCCUUCUUCCCCCACAACAAACACUCUGUGAGUCGUCCGUGCCUGGACCUAUUGGUCAGGGGUCCCUUUACCUUUACCUUUUUACACUUUUGUCUUUAUGAAACAAACUGGAGAUUGUCAAUAUAAGCUAAUAAUUUAUGUUUACUCUUUUUCCUCCAGUAGUUUUACACAUGGAGGGAUUCUUCAGGGAACUGGUGGCAUAUUAUUUAUUAACAAUUAAACUUGCAGGCUACUACUCA